AAACUUCAAGGUCAGUGCUUGGGAGACAUUAUGGCGCACACUGUAUUUUCAUACAAAAGUAAUAAACUAUUUGUGUUUAAUAAGUGUUAGGGAGCAGUGACACGCAAUGACAGUGAGAAAUUUAGUUAUGUACCCGUGACAUGGAGUUCAGAUGUUGCUCUGAUGUAAUUUUUUUUGUACGCUUUGCUGUUUAUUAACAAGGAGAACAGUCUGACAAACAAGAACUUGUUGGUUUGACAAUUGUUGGAUUCAGACCAGAUCUCGUCAAAUGAUUGAAAUUAACUGGUCUAGAACAUGCCCUAUGCUUUUAAAAUGUUAGGAAGGUAAAAUCGGAAAUACGAGCGGUUGUCAUAAGUGUCAAAAAUUUUGAGACCCGUCGUGUUUGAUAACUACUUCACACCUGUAUGUUGACAUAUAUGUUAGUCAGGGUACUGGCAAUUUGUGCGUAACUCAUGUGGAAAUACUUUUUAAAAAAUCAUCUUGUGCAGUGAGAGAAAUACAUGACUGCACACUAUUCAUUCUCUAUAAUGUGUGUGUUAUGAAAGAUUUAAUUUCAGAUUCGGCAAUAAUAUUCGUCUGACAUUUUGUCUGUCCAUAUUUUAAUCCCAGCAAUACCAACAAUAGCGUACUUAACGGCCACCUUUUGAUGAUGUAGUAAUGUAGUCGUGCACUUCAUAUUGUAAAUUUUUGAAAAAUGUCUUUCAUGAAUUCUUUGUUUCCACAACUGUUUUAAGUUUUUCGGUUGCACAUAACGCAAAAAUUUAAGAUAGUUCUACUGUUGGUUGUGACGUUUCGCAAUGAAUGUAAUAUUCAUAUUUUCAGUUUUAUUAAAUGUGCGCACAAACAUCUUUCCUUAAAAGUAUGCUCAGAAUAAAAGUGAAUUACAACACAUUUUUUGUGGUCAUGAAGUACACUCUGCCCCCUUUUGCAGUAAGUUACGAACACUGUGUUGUUAUUGAUAGGGUUAGCCACUCCUUACCUGUCAUGUCUCCAUAAGUUAAGACAUUCAUGCUUGUUCAGCAGUUGGUCUGAGAGCAAGUGCAGCAGUGAAAAAUAUCGAAUACCUGAAACGAAUUUGCACCUAUUAACAGAAUGUUGGAAGCAUACUCCUAGUUUGGCACACAGCUGAAGUGCAUAUCCAUUUGAUCAAGUCUACUUCACACAUCUGUACAUGUUCAUAAGGACUACAACAAAUAACUGACCACCAUGGGUUCUACAGAUUCAGAACGCUCUAUUUCUUCUGGCAUUUCUAUUCCACAGUGGAUGAAAUCAAAGAUUGGUGAUAGGUACGACAUAGAGGAAACUUUUUCACCACCUACACACGAUGACACAUUCUUUUACAUACGUUAUCCAAAAUCAAAGCCUGUAGCUCAACCAGAGAAUGACAGUUAUCGUCCAAUCAGUGAAGUUUUGGAAGAGAAGCCUUUGAAACAGAGAGAUUUCUCAAAACACACACAGCCUUGCAAAGAAUUCAUUCCUGAAGCAAAUGGAAAAGAAAAUACUUCCUCAUUAGUAGGAGGUGCAACGCAGAUGCAGUCAAGAGUCAACAAAUCACAGGGAACAGACGAUGGAUAUGUGGGAGAAGCUGCUGCAUGUGGCAAAUCAGUCGUGCAAGUUGCGCAGCAAAUGAUUGCAGGUAACAGGUUGACAUUGCGAGGAGCUGAACAAGCCAUGCCGCCAAAAGAACGUCACAGGCGCAACAGCAAAUCUCUCCCAACAAGCCCGCUUGGCUCACCAAGUGUAUCCCCUAAACUGCAGAGAAAGAAACAGGGGGAACCACAGAACAGGUACUUCACAGGUGUAUUUGGAGUCCCUACCCAAUACCCUGGAAGCUGGAUUUUAUCUGGAGUUUUGGGACAGAGAGAUAUUGCUGCACAUCAAACAAAUAUUCAGGAGACAGCAUCUCAGAGAUCAUCAUUAGAUGAUGGAAAACAAAGUGAUGUACGCAGGAAUAAAUCUUCUUCAUCACUUGUUCGAACAGCUACGGAAGGUUCUAGAGAUGAAGACCAGAGCUCAUCUGAUGGUGAGAGCUCACCAGGUCUUGUCAAGAAGGAAAUGUUUUUCCGUGCAAAACCAUCUGAGUUCAGAGAGAUGAAUUUCUUGUCUCCCACAUCUAUGUGAAAACACGAAGUCUGUUACCAUAAAGUAUUUUAGCUAUUAGUACGUGUGAAGAUAUUGUUCUGAUAUUUGACAUUGAAUAUUAUUUCUGUUCAGAAGUCUUUAUUUUGUGCCUUCUUUGUUUUUUUGUGUAAAAAAAAAAGUAAAUAUGAUGAUGCUGUGUGUGUGUUUCAGAAGUUUCUUUGUUGACGUUAAAAUAGUUAUGACAUGCCAUGUUGGCUCUGUGUGUUUCUGGUUUAAAACAAUACAUAUAAUCUAUAAAGCAAAUGUACUCAUAUUGGAUCUGUCCUUUAAUAAGUAAUUCCUUGGUGCUCAGUUAUUUGUUAGAAUCCAUAUUUUCAUUACUUUUUAGCAUUGCUUCUGGUAGCACUUCCUGCAUAAGUUAGUUGGCAUACUUUGUUUAAUAGUUAUGUAGUAUAGUGUAGUUAUCUCACUCAUACUGCACUGAAGAUUUUUAUGAAACACAGUACAAAUUUUAGAUGGUUAGUCAUUUUGCACAUGGUAUUUUGAAGUUGUUUGUGUAAUGUUGAAAAUUGUCUACAAAAGUAAACAUCAUUCCUCUAACAUUCAAUUUGGUUGUCUAAAUUUCGGUACUGUUAUUGCUGACUAUCAGUUGAUCAAUAAUAAUUUGUUUUGCUCAAGACCUGCCAUCCACUUUGUUAGGGAAAACUGAUCUGUGUUGAUACCAAUACGUGAAAUAUGGGGUUUUGAGUUCUAUGUUAACCUAGAAAUGAGCAGGGUAACUAGCAAAAAAAAGUCUGAGAACAGACCAGAAUACAUGGACAUCUUUUGUGUAAAGAUUUUGUAAGGUGGUAUCUUUUGUUUUGGCAUAACUGUUGAACUUCAGUGACUUGUCAACCUGCUCAUGUGUGAAGCUUUCUUCUUUUUUCUACAAAAUUUGCCUCCUAGUAACCUGUCUAAUUUGCAUUGUACCUUGGCCUCCUAUUCCCAUAAGUGUUUCAUUGUAAUUUUCUUUCUUGCCUUUCUGUUCUUGCCUUGUCAACAGAUUAUUUGUUUUACAAAGUAUAAAAAAUGCCUGGUGAAUUUCUUUAUAAGCUAUAUUGGCAAAAUACCAAAACAUUUAUGACAGGUUUUAACAAGAAAUACAGGCAAAUUUUUAAAGAACUCUGAUGUUAAAUUAUUUCAAUGAAUGAGAUUAAAAUGAUGGCACAAGCUACACUUUUUAUAAUAAACACCGGGAUCGGUUUUGGCCCCCCCCCAAGGCUAAUAUCCAGUGGUUAUUUUAUACUCGGAGCCAUCAACAUGCAGUUUCAGUCCUGGAUCUUCCUUUAUAUGAAGACAAGAUUUUUCAGUCUCUAAUGGGUCUUCAAGAAACUGUCAGUUCACACCUUCCAAUUCUUCUUUUACAUUUACAUUGGAUAGAUAAAACAGGGCCACUGAGGUGCUUUACCGGAUUCCUCUUCUUUCAUUCAGAUAGUUCUCUUUUAGUCCAUGGCUGUCAAUCUCCACUUUUGGAGAAUUUCUGCAAAAACAAGAUGGUUUUUGUGGAAAUUUAUGUACUACUUUCUCCAUGGGUGUAGAACGGCAGCUGUGGAUCACAAGAAAACAAUAUGAAUUAAAAAAGAUGGGUUGAUUUGAGGUAUCAGGAAGCUCCCUGGUCCUUGUUUAGCCACCCAGUGUAAUUAUUAAAGAACUGGAGGAGGGGGUGAAUAAAGAGUUUCCUUAAGAUUCAUUAAAGAGUGACCAGCCUAGUCUUAAAAUAAAGCCAGUUCCAGAACUGAAACUGCAUGUGGAUGGCUGAGCAUAAUGUAGCAACGGGACAAUGAUUUUGGCUGCAACCAAUCCCAGUACUUAAAACAAAAAUAAAUUACAACCUGUAACAUCAUUUUAUUCCAAAUUGGUACUACAGCUCCAGAACCUGAAUCAUCAUGCUCAAAAUGCUUGUCGAGAAACAUUUCACUGAAGUUUUACAUUAGGUGUUUGCCCUACCCUUUGCUAUAAUAUUGCGCAAAAAUAAAAAAAAAUUCUCAGUACUGUUUUUCCUUAUGUGAUUAAAGUCCAGUAACAAAAUACUCAAAAAAACAAUGCUCAUGACAUUGUAUUGCUGAUUUGUAUUUUCUCUUGAGUUUGGCAUAGGUUUUUUAAUCACAAAGAUCAUGUGUAUUGUUGUUACUUGGUUCAGUAAUGUGAUGUGCAGUGUAUUCAUACUUUAAUAUUUUCUCCUGAGUGAUUUAUAACAUGGAAAAAAAUAAUGAGAAUACUCUGUGCAGUAGACUGAUUUUUCACAAUAGGUGUCAUGGACCAAGAAUGUCAAUUAAAAGUGAUAUAUUUUAACUGCAUUUCUUACAGUGCAGAAACAUUGUAAUAGUUGAUGUAUUUGGUGCAACAAAUUCUUAAUAAAAGUUAUGAGCUAAAUUUCUACUGUGAAA